CUUCAAGGGGGAAGUAUUUCUGGACGGAACUACGUCCUGCAGCAAAGGCUAACUUACGCUAAGCUAUGAGGGGUAACUGCUGUGGUGAAGGGGAUACGAGAUAAACAAAGAUAAAACUGUUACGUUUGGUUUUAGGUCGGAUCUGGUUUCAUCUCGGUUUCGGUAUAUGUUUGGUAACUUCCACAGAAUCUAAAUGGGUGCACACUACUGUGCAAUUUGUAGACAAACAACAUUCAACGGGAAGGGACACAUUUUCGGAAAAACUCAUCAAAGUAGACUCAGAGUGGUUCUCCUUAAAUUCACAGAAAAGGUGAAGGAAGCUCGCCGAACACUUAAGAAACCCCAAGUAGAAAAGUUUGAUUGCACCCAGCACAAGCAGACAUUCUGGUGCUACUGCUGUGGGUGUGAAAUUGAGAAAAACGUUACAGAUGGCAACAUGACUGUCCUUUAUGGAGGCCUGUUAGAACACAUGGCCACCCCAGAACACAGGAAGAAUACACACAAGUUCUGGUGGGACAAUAAAGCUGACCCGAAGUUUAGAGACAAAGUCAUCGUCACAGAAGAGGAAACGGAAAGGUUUAAAGUUGAGGUGGCAAAGGCAUUGGAAUCAUUUGUGGAGAAUGAGGAUGAAUACAUUAAACAGCAUGCUGAGCAUAUACGAGCCCAGGAAAAGCAUCGCCAGGAGGUCUUACAGUCGCUUUUAGAGCGUGAUGCAGAGCCUGAGUUGUUAAACGGACCCAACGGCACAGACUCAUCUGUAGAGAACUCUGUCAGCUCACAGUUUAUGUGUCAAGGAUCAGACCAGCAGGCGGGGAGCAGCUUUGUGGACUCGAUGGGUGAAAUGCCGUGGACUCCAGCAGGACACGGCCUGACAUUCAUAGGUUAUCAGGAUUCAUCGAACAGUGGAAACGUUCAUACAGGUGCUGUCCCUCCUUGGCUCCAAGAUGAUCCUGUAGAAGGGACCUCCAGAACUGCUGCAGAGCCAGAGAUUGGCCCAUCACUCCACGAGUUCCUCAAACAUAAGGAGCAAGAGAAGCUGAGGAAGCUUCCUCCGAACAGAGUGGGGGCCAACUUCGAUCACAGCUCACAUACAGACGCCAACUGGCUUCCUUCCUUUGGUAGAGUGUGGAACAGCGGUCGACGCUGGCAGUCCAGGCACCAGUUCAGGCAAGAGGAAGGGCAGAAGCACAGACAGAAGAGGAGGAGGGAACAUGGCACAGAAGGGUCAAAGAAGAUAAAAACAACUGAUCAGCUGAACACUUAAUAUUUAGCAUGGCGUGUGAGAAUAGAGAAGUGAUAGUGAUGUAUAUAGUGUGUGACUUGUUACUUAUGGUUAUAAUGAGUGUUUAAGGAGCUGGACUGGAAAUGUUUAGGUUGAUAAGACACCUGUACAUGCAUGGCAGUACAUGUAAUUGUAUUCAAACAUCUUUUCAAAAACCCAAAUUUCAAGUAUUGCUAUAAAGACAUUAAUUUUGUAUUAUAAGUAUUGGCUAUUCUUUAUUAAAGAAAAGUAAGCUCUGUUUUUUGUUUUAUUCUUUAAUAAAAAAAAAAUUAACUGCAUGUUGCACUUAUAGUAUAAGUGAGGAAAUUCACUUAUUUAAUCAACUGUAAAGACUUUUAUCAAGUCCUGGAUUCUGAUCAGCAGUUUGCUUAUGCUUAGAUCUGAGGGCAAUACGACUGUUACAGCAAGUAAACAGAAGGGGGCGCAAGGAGCUAAACUAAAAAGCACCUUUGUGUGCCAAGAUGAAGCUAACACAGGCAUGGUGCAGUUUGUCAUUUUUAAUGAUAAGGUUCUUUUCUGUCUUUAUGUGACAGGAAAAUGUAUGUGAUUGAAUACUACUGUGCUUGUUGAAGCAAUGCAACUGUGAAAAAUAAUACACAUAAUAAUAACAGCUGUUUUUACCAAAUAAUAAGGUUUCAUUUCCUUUUUCAGAGAAUGAAUUACUGGAAAAUGUUUGCAGACACCGCAUGCAAAUUUUGUCGCUUUUGGAUAAAUGUCUUUAAAAAAAUCUGUCAUGACUCCACCUUUGUGGUCCCAUGGCCAAAACUAAAAAUAAUCAUGCACCAAAAAUAUUCUGUUAAUGGGAAAUUUCAAAAAGAAGUUGAACAAAUGAUUGAUACAGCAGCACUUCCUCUUGCAGUGCAUUAUAAAUACACCAAUGUUAAAUAUCACCUUUAUUAACGCAGAACAGAGAGCACUGUGACGGUAUCAUAACAUUAGUUGUUAUGUGGUUACCACCAUAAUACCCAUCAAGUGUACGCUGGAUCUGAGAGUAAUAUAUGAACAAUAACACAUCUCUAUUGUGUGCCUGUGCAUAAAGUUCAGAUAACUUUUAAAGAACAUAGGAACGCUCAUAUGAAACUCGGAAAAGGACAUUUUCUCUUUGCCAUGCACAAAGGGGAGUAAUCCAAUUUUCCUCAACACAUGUAAUUAUGUGGUGCACGUUUUUUAAACUCGUGCAUUAAUUAUUUUUUGACAGAUUAGAAUUGUGUGGUAA